CUAAAUCCAACAUAGUUAUUGUUUUAAUGCGGCAUAUUAAUCAUUGGCCGGCUAACCGGGUGUUUUGUUCCGGCUUCUAAAAGUCGUGUUUUUUGACUGGCGGACAUUAUGAUAAUGUAGAUUUAUCACUGUUUAUAUCAGUAAACGUCUACAUGUCUAAACGUAGACGGCGAGAUUUGGAUUUAUCUAGUUCUAGUGGUAGUUCAGAUUGCAUUUAUGACAGUUUAUUGUGGAAGUUUGUUGACGAAAACUAUGAAUUUCUGAUAAAUGAUGACUUUCUGGAGCAUUGCAAGCACGCCGUCCGCGAUGAAAAAUCGACUACACCAGCUGAUUCUUCAUUUGAAUCUUGCAUUGUUUUACUGGAAGAUUUAAGUGAGUUGCUUCGUAAUCUUCGUCAGCGCGUGGAAUUAGAGGGCCAUGGAAACUUUCAAAAAUACUUAGAGACGACUCUUACAAAUGAAAUUCAGCACUAUGAAAGAAGGAAACAUGGUAUCAUUAACUCAAUACUGUCCACAUUAGACAAAUCCCACAGCCCAUUGCCAUCUUCAGAAUUACGUAACUUUCCCAUAGCUUCUGAUUUAAUCUCUAAUGAACUUGACAAGAAGUCUAGUAAUCUUUUACGCAUACUGGGUGAACUUCAACAGGAGUGGGAUGAAACCAUUCGUAAGAUCACACCAAUCAGUCCAUUCACUAACCAAAUCAGCUUUUUAGAAGAUAUUGAUUCGGAUCUCAAGAAAAUUGAUGCAUGGCUGAACACAUUAGCUUCUAAUUUACCAAAUACUUCAGCAUGGAUGACUUGCUUAAUGUCAUUAUCCAACGUUCAGAAAUUUUCUACAGCUAAAUAUUAUCAGGUUUGUUUAAAGCAAAUUGAACAAUACUCAAAAACUUUAUCAACUAUUAAAGAGUUAGUUGAUCAUGUUGAACUUAAUACAUUGGCUGAUAUACAAUUUCAAAACAAUUUGCAUAAUUUAUCAAGAAGUGUUUGUGAAUUAGAAGCAAAAUUUCAUACUCUGUGGUUACGUUUACUGGAAUUAUCAAUUUAUAUUGAUCAAAAUAUUAAAACUAAUGUGAACAAACGUGUAACUACUGAUAUCUGUCAUGAUGCAUGCUCAAACAAAACACGACAUGAUGUAUUACAUCAGAACUAUGGCAAUAGUUACUUGUCGGAAUUCAAUACUAAAGAGAUUGGUAUUCAUCAUGUCUCACAUCAAAACGGACAUGAAAGUGGUUUUGAAUCGGAACAAAGUCCUCCACUGAAAUCAUAUUAUAGUUAUUCAUGCAACAAUACCACUACUGGUUCAGAUACCUUCGUGGUUAAAGAUGAGCUGAGACUUAGAAAAGAUAAUAGUCGUUCACUUCCGGAUGAUUUUAAUGAGAUUAUCGGAAAGUUGGAUAAUGCAUUAUUAAAUGAUGAACUAAAAAAAUAUCCUGAAAUGAUAUACAUUGAUGAAAGUGUUAAAUGUUUGUCAUCUCAAAGUGAUCUAUUUUUUAAGAAUGAAGAUAAGUGUAAGAUAAACAGAUAUGGAAAGAACUUAUUCUCUUCAUCGGAGCAACAGGAUAUUAAACGGAAUUACAGACUGGAAAUGACUGAAAGUGGAGAUUUCUUAUGGAACAAUACAGGGAAUGGUUUGAUUGAUGCUACAAUACGGGAUAAUGAUAGUCAAUCAUCAAAUUCAAAAAGUGCUGCGGGAUCCACUUCGUGUCAUGAAGAUGCAGGUGUAUGGAGAAAGAGAUUUUCGACUGAAUUCUGUAACUUGGAUAAAGUCGAAAAUUAUGAAACAAUACACAAUUGUUGGUCGUUACCUAAUGCGAAAUCAUUCGUAACAGGAAUUAAUAAAUCGAAAAGUAUAGAUUUGCCACUUAUCUCAAAUUGUCGUCAAGUAAAUGAUAGAUCAUGCAGUAUGCAUGUAAACAUUAUGAAUAAUAAUAAUAAUAUUUUCAGAAAAAUUAUCAGCGGACAAAAAUCUUUGACUACUAAAUACAACAAUUUACAUAAUUUCUACUAUUUAAAACGAAUUGGAAACAGUCGAUUAAUGGGGCAUUUACUUGAAUUCAAGGUGAAACAUACAAAUACUAAAUUAAGAAAUAAAAAAAAUUUCAAAAGUCGUCUUAAAAGGACAUCAAAAAAUAGAAAUUGUAUGAGUUCGAUUUCUCUAAAUCUGUACAAUCAAAUUUCUAAUGAAAUGCUCAGUCAUACUAAAUCAGUUGUUUCACAAUAUAGUUCUGUUGACACUCAAAUGUUCCAUGUUGAUUCAGGAUCAAAUUCAGAUUGUGAAGUAACUAGUAACCACAGUUAUUACUGUAAAUCGAUACCUGAUAAUACAAGUGAAUUGGAACAACGUCAGUGGCGAAUGCAGGUUAGAACAUAUUUAAAUGCAGCUGAGAAGGCAGAAGAAUUAAUUCGUAAUCGAUAUUCACCAAAUCGGUUUGAAUCCUGGCUAGCUGGUUUAGAGGCUUCGAACCUCAAACUUGGUCAAGAUAAUGAUGAUAAUAAUAAUCUGGUCGAUUUGACAAACAAACAAUUGUUAGUGAAGAAAAAUCAAAAUAAUAAUGCUUAUGAUUCAUGUUCUUUAUUCAUGAAUGAUUUGGAUGAAAAAGAUGAAAAGAGAACUUGUCAAGAUGAUAAUGAUUUAUCGCCUUUGGAGGAUUCACAUGAGCCUUUAUUAAAUUUUUGGGAUGAUUAUCAGGCAUCACUCUACUCAAAUUCCAGUGAUUCUCAGGCUUAUGAGCCACCAAGUAUGUAUGCUGAAGAAUUUCCAUGGGAUGAUGUCGAAAGUCCAUUGUUUACUGAUAUUGAACGAGAACUGAACUCACCACCUUUAUACAGUCAUAAAGAACCAAAGAAAUUUAUGAAAUCGAAUUCUAGUAGUAUCAUAGAAGAAAAUGACUGUUCCAAAAAUCAAGGACAAGAUACGAAUGAUAUACUUUCUACAUCUACAUCAGGCUUAUUCAAUCGAAAAAGUAGUCUAGAUGCAAGUUUUGAAAUUUUCAAUAACACAUCAAUAAAUAAUACUCAUGGGACAGAAAGUUGGUCUGCCGAGCAUACAGAUAAUUUACUCAGUCCAGAAUCAUCUGUUCGUGGUUUGCGUACAUGUCCUGAUGGCGGUUCACAACAUUUACCAAGUAUAGAUACAAUGGAUGUCAUAUCGAACCAUGAAAUUCAAGAUAUCAAAAAUCAUUUAUAUCCUAUGAGUAGUUUCAAUGAACAUCUUAAUUCUUCUAACUAUACAUAUUACACUAGACAUCAUAGCAAAUUGCAUAGUAAAUUAUAUGAAAGAAAAUAUCAAACAAUUCCACGUAUUAUCAAUCGUAAACGAAAAGCUCAGAUUAAUUCAUUUCAAUCAGAAAAACAAUCGGUUAAACGUGAAUUUUUAUCACUUGAUGCUAGUCUUAAUCGUUUGGAUAAUCGAUAUUACAGUGAUAUUCAUAAAGGAAUUCUAGAGCAUUCUGGAACAAGGCUUAUGCAUGCGGAAACUUAUUUACAACAUUUAAUCAAUUUAGUCAAGAGAAAUAGUAGUGUACAACGAAGAAAUCUUUCAAAACAGGUGAACUCAAGCAAUUGGCGUCAUCGUACUGAUCUUCUGUUGCAAACUGCUGAAGCUCAUGUGAAAUUGCUUUCCAAUUUGCUUGAUGAUCUUAAAUCUUAUUGCUCUUCAAAUGUCUCUGAAUUAUCAGAUGAUAGAUUAUCAGCAUCAUUUAUUCAAGAUCUAACACCCUGUGAGGAUGAUAAUAAUUAUGUUAAAACUGAUAAUGCUGAUGAUGGCCAUCAUCACUCACCAUAUCGUUUAAUCAUUUUGAAUGCUUUAAAAUUAAAAUCACAAUGGAUUAAUUUCUCAUCUACUGUACGUCAUAUUUAUCAACAAUCGAAUCAAUAUGAAGCAUUGAAGAAACAGUUAUAUAUUCUUCAAUUACGUAUGCAUGAUUUAAGUAAACUUACACGUCAAAUUGGUCUGUCAAUGUAUACAAGUAAAGAGGUGAAUAGUGUGAAUCCCAGUAACGUUGAUACUCAACAUAUUUCUGAUUCUAUAAUAUUCGAUGAAAAUCAGUCAGAUAAAUUAACCUGUGGCUUCAAAAGGUGCUUUCUAGAAGUGGAUAGUUUGAAUUUUGCUCUGGAGGAAAUACAGAAUGAGUUGAAUAAAGAAAAUUGUCAGAUGUCAGUAAAUAAUAAUAACAGUUCAGCUACAAUCUGUAAUACAAUUAGUUUGGAUGGUAAACUACUUCAUGAGAUUGAUCGUCUUUCAAGUCAGUUGGCUAUUAAUCGAUCAAUCCUUCAAAGACUUAUUCGAUUGUUUGAAUCAAGUCAUUCAAAUAAUUCUCUUCCUCAUCAUCAAUUAGAUAAUGAAUAUUUAACUGAUAGUAUAGAAAAUCAAUUAGAAACUUCUAUUGUUAAUCCUGAUAAAAGUACACUGGAACAACAAAUCAAUGAAGUCUAUACAAAUGAGCAUUUAUUUGAACGUAAAUCAGUCGAAAAUCAUGAUCAUCAACAACAUCCUGUUGGUGUUUCAACCUCUACAACUGAAAAAACCCCAUCUAUUUAUUCAUCCAUUUGUAAUUUGUUACAUCGAAUAUUCCCAUCCACUAAUAGUCAGAACUAUUUUAUUCUUCUAAUUAGUGGUUUCAUAUUCUUAGCUUAUUUAUCCUAUUAUAUUUUAGGUAGAUUACUUGCAUGUAACAAUUAUUCUCGUCGUCCACCUUCUUCUACUACUUUUUCUUCAUUACGAUGUUUUUUUAGUUUAAACAAUAAUAAUAGUGAUGAUAAUAAUAAUGAUAAUGUUCAAGGUGCUACCACAUUCGGUAGAUGUCCAUUAGAAAGAGACAGAUUAUCAAAUAUCAUUGAUUAUACUAAUGGAGCACAACCUUAUUAAAUCUAUAAAGUCAAUUAUCAGUUUGUGCUCUUUUUCAUAAUCUGCGCCAAAUAGGUUAUCAUUUCUAGUUUUAUAAAAAUUAAAUGAGAAGUAUAUUAACGUACUUGAUUACUGUACAAGAACUCAAUGAAUAUUUCAAAGACGUUUAUCUUCAGUGAACAAAUUUAAAAUAUAAAUUUCAACAAUGUUACUUCAUCAGUGUAUGCACGUUGUCCAUGUAUCUGUGUGCAUAAUGGCUUUCAUAGAUAGAUGUGGCCUUAGACACCGAUCAAUUUUCCUUUUUUUUAUUGAUCAAACUAGGAUUAAAUCAUGGAUGAUCACCAACAUUUAGGCAGAACAUUUUCACUUUUUUUCUAGCCUUUUUUUGUAUUUCCAGUGUUAUGAUGCUAUGAAACAUUAAUCUGAUGAUAUUUAGUUUGUAAAAACUUUGCUAUUUAUUAUAGGAUCAUUGUGUACCUCGUUGUAAAUAUUAAAAAAAGAAUGAUGUUAUUAGUCAUAACUACUAGCACUACUAUUACUACGAAUCCCCCCCUAAAAGUGUCAUUAUAUAAUUAAUACUCAUUGUAUAAGCCUUUAGUACCAUUGUCUAUAAUUAUAUUCACAACCAUUAUCAGUUACAAGUAAUUUUGUAUCUUGUCUUCAUUCUUUUCUCUUUCAAUUUGGCAUUUGAAUUGUGCAAUGACAAAUGAUAUAUCACUAUUAUUCAUAAUAUUUCUAAAAUAGGCAUAUAUAAUGCAUGUAAUAUUGUUAUUUAAAGGCAUGGAUACAAUUUUUUUUCCUCAGUUUUGAUAUUGACUUUUUUCUCUUCUUCUCUUUUGUUUUUCUAUGAAAAUGAUGAUCAUUCACUUAUCUAAACUUUAUAUAUCUGUGCAUGUGUAUACUUCACUUUUUCUCAUGAUUUGAAAAGAAAAAAAAAGAAAUUAUCGGAAAUGAUACAUAUACAAAACAAGUGUGUAUAUGUUGUCUACUAUGUAAUCUAGUCAAACACACUAAGUUUCCAAGCUUAAUGUUAUAACAAUCGAGUGUUAUAUGGGUGAGAAUUUAUUAUUCUUUACUAUCUGAGGAUGGUUACGUAGCAACGCUAAUUAAUGUAGACUUGGAUAGUUGACUGAGUACUAAAGCUGUGAAUGAUAACCUAUCGACUAGUACAGUGAAUUUGAUAAAUAAUUGGUCAUAUUAAAAAGAAAUCACUUGAUAUCAAAUCGUAGUUUAUGUCUCAAUCCCAUAGAACCCCUCAUUUGAGACUGGGAUAAAUAGUGUCAUCUGAUAAGAACUUGUUCAUUAACACGCUUCACGUGUGUUAGAGACAAAGGUGAGAAAUUACUGACUGAACUUAUUGUCUUUGAGACACCAGAAGUUUACAGGUGGAAGGAGUUGUGUACAAAUAAACUAUCCUAUGUUUCUUUCAGUUUUCCAAACCGAUCGAAAAUUGUGUUCGAUUAAAUGAUUCUGUGGGUAAUUAGAAGUGAUGAUGGGGACACUAGUGAAUAAAAGCAUUCCAGAUAAAAACUGUUCCUACGUUGAUAUAUUUUUCUACCACUCGAUGUAAUUGCUACCUCAUAUUUUGUGAUAGAGAUUGUUCAUAUACUUUCGGAGGUUCAUAUCACAGUAGUAAAAGCUGUAUCCAAUAGUAAAUCCGUGCUGAAAGGAAACAAACUAGUAGACUAAUCACUAAAAAUACGAGAUCUGUCAAUGAAUUUGGUACUUGUGGGAAAUAUCUUUGGAUAAUGGUGGAACAUAGCUCCUGAUGUACUGGGAUUUGUAGUGCGUUUGAUAAUCGAUGUUUAGUGUCACUGUUUGUUCGUUGUUUUGAAUUCAUGCCUCAGAAAACAUGUAAAAGCUAUAUGAGUUGAGAGGACUCAGUAAACAGAAUAUUAGCUGAUCCUUGGGUAAAUAAAUAGACCAUCUUUGUUCUACUUCUAAUUUGCCGUUACAAUGUUCUCUUGAAUCCAAGGAGAAUCAUUAGGUAAUUGACUAAUGUUAGCUCACCGUUGGGAGGUCAAACGGAGAUAAGAUUAUUGUCUGAAAAUACUGUUACCUUCUGACGCUCAGAACUCAAAUAUUUAUCUAGCUGUCAAGAGACCAAUAGGAAAUGGG